CCUGUCAAUAUACGCCACAAAAUAAAGAUCACCACCUGCAAGCUGUCGAGGGUAAAAACAAAAGCAACGAUGCGCUGGUGGCGAGCAGCAUUGGGGGAUGCUGGAUGACAGGGGACGGCGGGGGAUAUAUGGCAAGGGGGGUUUCCCGUCAAGCAUCAUCCUCUUUCCACCAGGCACCGACUGGCUCGCCGAUUUCCUUCACGGUUUCCCUUCGAUUCCGCAGCCGACCCGCCCGCUGGCAACGAAAAUGGAAGACCUACGCCCCCUCUCGCACGCCGUGAUCACUUUGCUAUAUAUCAUAGCCUCCGUUAGCAUCGCGAUGCGCAUCUAUGUUCGCGGGUUCACCAUGAGGGCCUUUGGCUGGGAUGACUGGGCCAUGUCUGCAAUGUUGCUAUUUAAUUCUUGCCAGCAAGGGUUGCUUUAUUUCUUUCUCCACUUCGGUGGUGGCCUUCAUAUCACGGAAGUAAUGACAGAGCAUCCCGAAUGGCUGCCAAUUCUCCUCAAGGGCCUUCUAGCCGAGGAAUUCUGGUACAUCUGGAUGCAGUUUAGCAUCAAGAUGUGCUUUCUCCUCUUCUAUUUCAGGCUCUCGGAGACACUCACCUUCCGCCGCGCCCUCUGGGGAGUCAUUGGCUUUCACGUCGCCACCACUAUUGUCAUCUGGCUGCUCUACGGGCUGCAGUGCAGGCCGCUGGCAGCAUUCUACGACCCGGCGAGCUAUCCCAACGUCAAGUGCUUGGACACGGACAUAACAUAUUUUGUUCCGUACUCUCUGAACAUGACCACCGAUCUCUUCAUCCUCGUCUUGCCUCUCCCCGUGAUCUGGACUCUCCAAAUGACGCUAAAGCGCCGCCUCGCAGUCCUUUGUGUCAUCACGACGGGGGGUUCGGCCGUGCUCACGAGCGGGCUCCGCGCAAUCAUUCUCUUCGAAUUUGCCACCUCUCCUGACUUCACCUGGUCGCUGGGCAAGAUGGUCAUAAUCUCCAACGUCGAAAUGCAAGUGGGAAUUAUCGCGGCGAACAUGCCUUCCAUGAAGGCGUUUUAUACCUGUUGGCGCCAAAACAAACUCGGCCCUGGUGGGGGGGUUGAUAUUGAUUACGGCAGUGGCUCAAAGAGCAAGAACUCGAAGCCGUCCCAGGGUGAUAUCGAGAUGAAUAGUGGGAUAAGCACACCUAGACCCAGGAACAGGGGCAAGACUCCGGAUCCUGUGUGCUUGACCAUUACGGAGAGUGAGGAGAUAUUGUUUCAGGACCAGAAACCGGGCCAGAAGAAGGUGGAGUAUGAAAGCUCUAUGCAAAGCGCGCAGAGUGGUAGGGCUAGUCUCUAGAACCAAGUGGAUUGUAUAUUGAAGGUAGUCUUAGACUCUCUCUCUCUCUCUGU